AUGUGGUCUGCCGGGUGGAGCUUCGCUUCGCUAACAGGGUCCAUGGAGAAGCUCACAAAGGAUCAGACGCUCCAGCUGGAGAGCCUAAAGCAGUCACUCUUGCGGGCAGUGGCUAUGGAAGAUCAGGCGGGAGGAAAUGACAAGCAAAAUCGCAGCAUUUGGGUGCUGGAGUUCCCUAGCCGGCCCAUUGCCAAAGCAGACGCGAUCUUCCGGAGUGCAGCCGAGCUCGAGGAGACAGGCUGCCGUGACUCGGCGAAGGUGCCGGGCCGGUGGGCUUUGGUCUUUUCCACCCAGACGGAGCCCGGAGAAACCCAGGAGGAGACCCCCUUCUCCGCAAUCACGGCUGCAUUGUACCGGGUGUUCUUCCGCUUCGCACCCUUUCUGGCGGGUGCGCAAGGAAGCUCGAAGAUCGAAAUCGCUGGACCUAUAUUUCCCAGUCUCUCCGUCGGCAAUGAACAGCUCGUGGACUUUCAAGCCAAGCGGGUGGACAAUCGCGUCGCCAUUCGUGUCGGAGGCUCCGGCGGCCCCAAGUUGGACUUGCGCGUGAAGGGUGACCUGAAGGGGAGCGAUGCCCUGGACCUCGGCGUCAUUUUUACCAGUUUCUCCUUCAAGUUGCCGAACCUACCGGACAUCGAGCUGCCUUUGCCCAGGCCUGAAGGACGCCUUCGAACUACCUUCUGUGACCGAAGCCUUCGCAUCUCCCGAGGCGGCCGUGGAGGCAUCUUUGUGCUGAAGCGUACAAGCUACCAUCUCAAUACAGCACCCGGCAAGCAACUUAAUCCUGGAUUCACCGCCCUUAGCGCGACGCUAGCGAUGGCUGACUUUGUACCUGCGGUAGACGAGGUCGACUUGCCACUGCCGCCGAGUCUGCCAGGGGUGGCCAAGGGCGGAGCCGCUGAAAAUGGCAGCACGUCCUUGAGCCCAUCCCCUCACAGAGACAGCCUUUCUUCCGGCCGCGCCUCGCCGUCCGCCCUGGCUUACGAGCGCCUGGAUGUGGAGGAGGAUUCCCGGUUACGGGCGUUCAAGCAGGGCGAGUCACUGGGUAAGGGCGCCUAUGGAGAAGUGUUCAAAGCCAUGGUUGCGGGCAAGUUCAUGGCGGUCAAGAAGAUUUCCUUGGACGUCUCCCUCGGACAGCACGCGGUAGAGAAGGAGAUCAACGGCCUCCUACAGGAGAUCAACACGCUCAAGCGGCUUAAGCACAAGAGGAUUGUGCGCUACCAGGGCUGCAUCAGACAAGACAGUGAGGAAGAUCCUGCCCUUCUCAUCUUCCUGGAGUACAUGCCGAGCGGAUCCAUCAAGGGAGUGCUCCAGAAGUUCGGUCCCUAUGGCAUCCGACUCGUGAAGAAGUACACAAGGCAGAUCUUGGAAGGCCUGGACUUUCUCCAUACGGAGAAGAUCGUCCACCGGGAUGUGAAGGGUGCGAAUAUUCUCAUCGACGCGCAUGGAGAUGCCAAGUUGGCCGACUUCGGUGCCUCGCAGAACCUCGAGGCAUUGCACACCCUCCACGGCACGUGCACCACCGGGGGCGUCAAAUCCAUCCACGGAAGUGUUUUCUGGAUGGCGCCCGAGGUGAUGAAAUACCGCGCUGGCAGAAGAUCGGACAUUUGGAGCCUAGGCUGCACCGUGAUCGAGAUGAUCACAGCAGAUGCGCCAUGGCCGAACCUUCGGGAGCACAAGAUGCCAGUUACGGAGAUGCUCCGUCACAUCGUGGACAGCGAUGAGAUCCCGCCACUUCCGGACAAGAUCCAUCCGGACUGCCGUAGUUUCCUGGAGCGCACGUUGAACCGGGACCACACAAGGCGACCCUACGCCGACAAGCUGCUGGGCCACCGCUUCGUCGUGGAGGUAACCACUCCAGCAGCCAGCCCGGGUGGUUCCGCAGCUGCAGCCUCGCCGGCCUCCGUUGCCUCGACGGUUGAGCCGGUGGCGAGCCCCUGA